GUCGGCGUGAUGACGUUUAGUAGUCUUAUAAAGCCACCUGUUAGCAACCGCCUUUUUUAAGACACAUAAACCUUAUUUCAGGCGUCUAACUAAAAACCCAGUGACGUCCAGACGAGGGAGCCUGAAAUGCUAAACUGCUAAUCCAUUUCCGGGUCGUAGGACUCACUCCUGUAGCACUCUAUAGCCCCCAGAAUAAUAUCAUAUUUUUGAAAUGUAAAAUCAAUGUUCACUCUCCUGCUCUCCACAACUAUUGAGGGAAAUAUCUAGCUGCUAAAUGCUCCACUAUGUUCACUAGCUAGUCGCUAACUUUGGCAGCAAUAGGGAUGUCAACAGUGUGGUUGAUAUGCAACACAGUCUCACAGCACUUUGUGAAAUAGUCACAAAAUGUAAUCUAUUUGAUUCAUGUACAUAGACACAAAUUUCUCUUUUUUUUUAACUCAAUAACGUAUUUUUCGUGCAUCUUCCUACUGUGGUAAAGUGCAUUUUUGGUUCCCCUAAUAGUGUGUGCAGUAUUUGAACGCAGCCCCUCACCUGACUCCUCCUCUGCCUGGUUUCAUUUCAGUGAAAUUCAGAAUUCACAGAAUUCACAUUCCGACUAUUUAUUCCUCGGCUCAAGAUGAUGGCAAAUCUGAACGCCAUUUUUUGAUUAAAGUCCAGUUUGUGAAUACAUCUCUAUUCUGCGUGUGCAGGUGUGUGCAUAAUAACACUUCUCUUUCAGUAAUCAGGAGAAUAUAUGCACACAGACACACUUGUAGUUCAGAGGCCACUUCAAACAAGGUUCUUGAAUUCAGAUGAGCUUGCUAGUGAAAAGGAACAAGCGCUCACACAAUUUGCAAUUUAAAGGAAGCUUUUGUCGAGUGCCAUGUGAUCAUUCCUUUGAUCGGUUGUUCACUGCAUCCAUCCAUCCAUCCAACCCCUCAUAUCUGUCCUUCGUGAUUAACGUCUUGUCUGAGCUGAAGACGUGAGCUGAACUGAUGGAUUGACGAGCUAACAUUGGGAUAUCUGGAAAUUUAUCAGUAUGACCGGUCCAGUGCAGGAUUCACACAGGCUGUCUGUGAAAACGUGGACAGAAGAGGAGAGUGACCGAGCUGACAGCACACCUAGCAGAGCACAGUCGAUGUGUGAUGACACUUCCUCAGAACUUCAGAGAAUGGCUGCCAUUGACAGAAGAGAUAUUAAUUCCCAGAAUUCCCUGCGUGGGCGAGGUGCUCUCUCCAGGAUAGUCAGUAUGGUGAUGACUCUGAGAGAAUGGGCGCAGAAGAGUUUGAAUGAGGAGACGGAGCGACCGGAUUCCUUCUUGGAGCGUUUCAGAGGCCCCGCCAACACGGACAUGCAAGCCCCGCCCAGCAGGUUCAGCCACAGCCACGGUGGCUCUGAUGCAGAUCAUGAAAUCAGACGCCCCCGACGCACGAAGAGGAAGUGUAAAGUAGAGGUUUUAUCACCAUCUGAUAAUGCCUACUACCACUGGCUGAUGGUGAUUGGUGCUGCCGUUUUUUAUAACUGGACCCUACUGGUUGUCAGGGCCUGUUUCGAUGAGCUCCAGAUGAGGAAUGUGUUGGUGUGGCUGGUACUGGACUACGUCUGUGAUGGAGUCUAUAUCCUGGAUAUAGCUGUUCGUCUCCACACAGGUUUCUUGGAUCAAGGCUUGAUGGUGAAAGAAGUGCGGCGUCUGAGAGAAACCUACGUUCGAACCUUGCAGUGUAAAAUGGACAUCUGCUCCAUCCUUCCAACUGACCUCCUGUACCUGGCCGUUGGAAUCGGCUACACUCCCCUCCUCCGAUUCAACCGGCUGCUGCGUCUGCCGCGCCUGUUUGAGUGGUUUGAACGUACAGAGACGCGAACGGGCUACCCCAACGCUUUCCGCAUCUGUAAACUGGUUCUGUACAUCCUGGUGAUCAUCCAUUGGAACGCCUGUGGGUACUACAGCUUCUCCAAGGUCCUCGGACUGGGCUCCGAUUCUUGGGUUUAUCCCAAUGCAUCGGAUCCUGAGUUUGGCUCCCUGACCAGAAGUUACAUAUACUGUCUGUACUGGUCCACUCUGACACUGACCACCAUUGGAGAGACGCCUCCUCCUGUCAGAGAUGAGGAAUAUUUGUUCCUGAUAUUUGACUUUCUGGUUGGUGUUCUGAUUUUUGCCUCCAUUGUGGGUAACGUCGGCUCCAUGAUCUCCAAUAUGAAUGCCACGAGAGCAGGCUUUCAGAGCCGCGUAGACACCCUGAAACACUACAUGCAAUUCAGGCAUGUAAGCAAGGUGCUGGAGCAGCGCGUCAUCCGCUGGUUCGACUACCUCUGGACCAAUCAGAAGACAAUAGAUGAACAGGAAGUGCUGAGGAGCCUGCCCAAUAAACUGAGAGCAGAGAUUGCUAUUAAUGUUCACCUGGACACACUGAAGAAGGUGCGUAUCUUCCAGGACUGCGAGGCGGGUCUCCUUGUAGAAUUGGUAUUAAAACUUCGACCGCAGGUGUUCAGUCCUGGAGACUACAUCUGUAGAAAGGGAGAUGUGGGAAAGGAGAUGUACAUAAUUAAAGAUGGUCAGCUUGCCGUGGUGGGCGAGGAUGGAGUCACCCAGUUUGCUGUUCUGACAUCAGGAAGCUGCUUCGGAGAAAUCAGCAUCCUGAACAUCAGCGGCAGCAAGAUGGGGAACCGGCGUACGGCUAAUAUUCGCAGCCUGGGAUACUCAGACCUGUUCUGCCUUUCCAAACAAGACCUGAUGGACGCGCUGCAGGAGUUCCCGCACGCCAGGGCCCAGCUGGAGCAGAGGGGGCGGGACAUCCUGCAGAAGGAGGGGCUUCUGGAGGAAGUAAACGUGUCAGCGGGGGAGGAGCUCGAGGAGAAGGUGGAGAGGCUGGAAAGCAGUCUGGAUCGGUUACAGACGUGUUUGGCCCGUCUGCAGAGCGAGUUCAACUCUUCCCAGCUUCGACUGAAACAGCGAAUCACAAACCUCGAACACAACGUCACCACCGUGACCACAGGCAGCGGCUUUCUGUCAGACGCCGACGGCAACGAGAGUGUUGGUGACGGCGUGUGCAGUGAAAUCAACAUCCGGCUCUAAAGAAUCCAUGUCAACAAGUGCCAUGGGACCAAAGUCCAACAUCACAUGACUGCAAGAUAUCAGGAAGUGACUUUUAAGGACCUCGUGGAGAGUGUGAGAAAUCACUGUGUUAAAAAGGUGUGUGUUACAGACGUGGAGAUGAGCUUUGUGUUGCUGUGCAUGUUGCUGGUAGCCAGUGUGACACCUGUGUCUGCUGCAGAACAGCCGGGUAUCAUAGAGAGCCUCCUAUUGGCCACCCACCAACGUCCCUGGCUCUGGGGUGUCUACGUCUUUGCUGUUGGACUUCCUGCCAUUCUCUUCGUUAGCUUCAUGUGGCCUGACAAGAGAUUCGGGCCCCCUGAUCAACAGUAUUACUAUAAGAAGUCUGAUGAUGCUCAACCAGAUGAUCCUGAGUUCUCACAGCGGACACAGGCAGUGGAUAUCAAAGGAAAGGCUGACAGAGCUGGAAGAAGAAGGAGAGAAACUCCUGGUAACCAGAGGAAGUCUGACUUAGACCUGAAGGAUCAUUGAUUAGUGCAACAACCUAAGGAGAGGAAAGCACCACCAACACACCAAGAGGAUGAUGGGAAAUCACAUCUUUGACCAGUUGAAUUGAUGACUGGAUACACAGUGAGAACACAAUAAUGUCUGAGGACUGACUUACUGACAGUAAUAUGAUUUUGCUUCAUGUCAGAAUAGCCAAUUUAUAAUUAUUUAUACAUAUGAAUUACACAUUUUAUUAAUACUUUAUUAUCAUUAUUAUUAUUAUUGUGGUUAUUGUAGUUAUUGUUGUUGUAAUUAUUGUUAUUAUUAUAUCUGAAUGUAUUAUUUUUAGUGAGCGCACACUGCCAAAAAAUAUGAAACGUUGGCCGGCCUCUACCUCUAAGAGUAUGACAUUUGGAGUUGGAAUAAAGGAUUAGAAUGCCUCAUCUUUUCUAAGUGUAGAGCAUCAGGGGUUAAAUAAUGAAUCGUCUCAUCAUCUCAGGUCUGUCAUUUGGUUGUGUUUGAAACUAGUGCCACCACCUGGCAGAUAGAAAUAUUAAAGGGACAUAUCGUGAAAAA